CAAAAAUAGAUUUACACACAGUUUGACAGAAUGUGCAGCCUUUGACAUCAAGGCUGAUAUGGGAAGUGUUUUCUCCUCCUUUUUGUUAUCUUAGUAAUGCACAAUUAUGUAGUUAGUUGAGUUUCUUUAUGUGAAUUAAUUUAGCAUUUAGCCAUCUGCAUCAGAACAGACCUGGAUCAUUUUUUGGUCAUGACCCACUAUUUGAAGGUGAGCGUCAUGCUGCCAAAGAGCUGAACUGGCUGCAUUUAGAACUGGAUCUCUGCACCGUUUCAGCCCAGAGACGGAGUGGGAAUACGAUAAAGGGAGGAGGACGUGAGCUCAGCUGAAGCCAAUGCAGCAGCAGAGCCGGCAGCCUGACCUAGUGGAGGGAAGCCUUCCAGUGUUUGUGUUCCCCACUGAGCUGGUGUUCUACGCAGAUGAGCAGGCUUCACAUAAGCAGGUGCUCACCCUCUACAACCCUUAUGAGUUUGCUCUUAAAUUCAAAGUUUUGUGCACAGCGCCAAACAAGUAUGCCGUGGUGGAUGCCACUGGUGCUGUUAAACCGCAAUGUUGCGUGGAUAUUGUGAUCCGCCAUAGGGACGUGCGGGCCUGUCAUUACGGGGUGAUUGAUAAGUUCCGGCUGCAGGUGUCUGAGCAGAGUCAGAGGAAGGCUUUGGGCAGGAAGGAAGUGAUGGCCACUCUGCUGCCCUCCGCCGCUCAGGAGCAGCCCCAGGUCCGGCCCCAGGAAGAGGAGCGCAGGAUGAAGGAGCAGCUUGCCGACAGAGUGUUCUUUGAGCAGACUGCAUUCCAGACAGGUGCAUUUUACAGUCAACGUGAAUUUAUGUUCUUAAAACGCAUUAUUGGUUCCUGCUGUGAUUGAUUCAUAGGCGCUUGUAUUUCCAAAGAAAAAAGCUUGUAAUCUUUCAUCAAAGAGUAAUGGCUUUCUCCAUCUUUUCA